AUUGCAUUCGAUGUGCAUGCGUUAAUAGGAAGUGUUUGUCUAGUAAUAUUAGUUUUUGGUCAGAGAUGUUUGUAAUUUGUAAUUUUUAUCCACGUGAUUGAGAAGCAUUUUUUUUUCAUCUAAGAAAUAUUAAACAAUGGAAGCGAAAUCGGAAAAUCCGCGAUGGGUUAUGCGGGAACAUGAAGUUUUCAAGGAAUAUGCGCGUGAAACAUCGAGCAAAGCAACGGCGCUAAAAAAUUAUAUACAGGAAUUGAGGAUUGAAAUAGUACGAGAGGAAGACAAAGAGUUAGAAUUUGAUAUAAUUGGUUGUGACAUAUCACUGGUCAAUGCAUUUCGGAGAAUACUUAUAAGCGAAGUACCAAGUAUGGCUAUCGAUAAGGUUUUUAUAAUAAACAAUACUAGUCUACUACAGGAUGAAGUACUUGCACAUAGAUUGGGCCUUAUACCUCUUCGAGCAGAUCCUCGAUUAUUCGAAUAUCCUCCGAGCGGAAGAAAAGAUGAAGAAGUCAGCGAGCAAGAUACUCUAAAAUAUGAACUAAAAGUUACAUGUACCACACAUCCGCAAGCACCAAAAUAUUCUCGUCUCCCAGAGGAUAUGUAUAGAAACAGCAAGGUUUACAGUAAAGAUAUUAAAUGGGUACCGAUAGGCCGACAAGGGGACAUGUUUCCACAUGGGACAGAACAGUUUAGUGUGCUAGAAAAUGAUAUAUUAAUAUGUAAAAUGCGUCCUGGUCAUGAAAUCCAUGCAUUUAUGCAUGCGGUUAAAGGCAUCGGCAAAGAUCACGCCAAGUUUUCUCCUGUGGCACCUGCACGAUAUCGUCUUAUGCCGGCUAUUGAAUUAACUAAACCUGUGAGAAACGAGGAUGCGGAUCUUUUGCAAAGCUGUUUUAGUCCUGCUGUAAUAGAAGUCGUAGAAAAAGAAACGAGUUCGGGAGAAAAAUAUCGUGAGGCACGCGUGAAGAAUGCUCGUUAUGACAGCUGUGCCAGAAACGUCUAUCGUUACGAACAGUUGAAGGACUGUGUAAAAAUGACUCGAAUAUCGGAUCACGUUAUCUUUAAUAUAGAAUCUGUGGGAACUCUACCCCCAGCUGUUUUGUUCACGGAAGCUGUUAAAGUGCUCAAGAACAAGUGCAGGAUAUUCCUCGCAGAGCUAGAACACGCGGGAGUAUAAUUUUUUUUCUUUAUAAAUUGUUUACAGAAUUUUUAAAAAAAUAAAAAAAG